CAUUUCAUUACGUCUGCUUAGCCAGACGUGUGCCAUCCUCAUGCUUUGCCCGUAAUGGUCUCAUCUUAUUUUCUACCCAUAAUAAUGACACACUUUAUUCAAAGUUUUCGUUGCAGUGUAUAAAACGGGUAUGGUAUUUGCCCUACAUGCUAUAUCAUGAUUUCUCGCGAAACGCACAGGAGACUGCCUAUAUGGUAAUCAGUCUGAUAACAUUUGACAUGAGGAAAUCUUCCGUGUGUCUCGAUCGUUUCCAAACUUCGAAAUGAAUGAGUAACUUCGCACGUCGACAUGCUUAUGUGCUUUGCCCAUUCAAUUUUCGUUUCCGUAUCGGUCCUUCGUCAUAGUCUGUAAACCCACUGAACACUACGCGUUGGUGCUCGACUGUUGAUUUUCUUUUAUAUAGCGUUACAACUGACGUAGUUCGUAUGCGAAUUGGUCGCACGAUCAAUUGAGGUCUUCAGUGAUCGCGGCUGACUCGCAGCCCUUAUUCCUUGUAUGUUCAAUCAGCCCGGAUCCAAACCGAUUAUGGAAUCAUGCAGGAAGACAAUAGUAACUAUUCGGUAAUGGUAGAAUUCAAACCAUAGUGAUACUGCGCUUUUACUAAUGGCUUUAGGACUUGAUCCCUUCUUGUACAUCGAAUACAACGACGGGCUGUUCGAAAUAUCUCCGACACCUACGCGCUUCUGUUAAAUUACUUUUUUUUUUUUUUUGAAUUUUAUGAAAAGGCAAUACAUUUUGAGAGAGCCUAGAACAAGAUUUUGAGCCUUUUAAACAAGUACGACAGGAGUCUGUCCCAGGUUUUAUUAGUUUUGGUCUGCAGGUUCUUCAGAUGCUCAAGUGUCGUCACUGGGCUGACAUCCAUAUUACGAACAGUAAAUUAGAAGGAGCCUUCCGGAGUGCCGCAAGACUUCAUCGUUCGAUAAAGACAUAGAUUCGAACAAAGCGCUGAGUGUUUAUGCGUCUUCGCGGUCAUUCGUCAUCCAAGCACACAAUGAAACUCAGUGCGUCCUAUAUAGUCGUUCUUUUACAAAUAUAAUUGCGAAUUGCUUUUAAGCCACUGCUUCUCAGAACGCUGUGUUCUCGGCCUUCUCGUCCUCUUUUAACCGCUUCAUUAUAUUCUUUUUGUAGGUAUGCAACAUUAUGCUGAGCGCAGUUUUUUUUUUUUCUAGAAAUAAAUACAGCUGAGAAAUAUGUUCGCUAAUCUGCGGCCAUACUUCCUGCCCGUGUAUAACGUGUUGGUCCAUUAUCUCUCGAGCUAUCUGGUUGCAGGUUUUACCGUAGCAUAAGCUCUUUUUGAACGGUCGAAUCUCUGAGGAUAGUCUUGUUUAUCACGGAUAUGCCCGACUAUGCAGAAUUUCACUAAACAGUGGCCUAAACCGAUCGGGUGAAAAUGCACUUCAAUGUUUGAUACUGAGUCCUCGUUGCCUAGGACAAUGUCUAGAAGGGAUGUUGUGUUUGCCGUGCAUACGUUAGGAUCCGUAAUGGACUGUACCAGCUCACGAUUGGCAGCAAAGUUGCCGCAUUCACUCCUGACUUCUAAAUCCGACAAGGUUCGAAUUGUAAAAAGGAAAAAGAAGACGAGGAAAAGUAGGAAGCGACCAGGACAGAACGGCAUAUCUUCAGCUACGGGACAGAAUGGUGCUUCUGGCUUAUCAGGUCUUAAUAUAAUGCUUGAGGAUCCUCACCAUUUUCCACCUCUUGGCGUCGAGUUCGUUCCCGAUGUACCUAACGUUUGUCAGGUCGCAGUGAAGGUCGGAGGCACAACCUAUUAUAACGUGCCUAUCGAUGAUCAGGCUUCAAGUCUGGACGUAGGAGCACGUCCUUUUUACAGUGGUUCGCACGUUCUGGAUGCGGAGCGCAGUCCGCUGACCGCUGACGAAAUCCAGUGGCUGUCAACAGAGGUUCACACCUGUCUCAUAGCCGAUUCAGCAGCAAAGGAAGAAGGUUAUACACCAGGCGAUGCCUACUACAUGUCGGUGACCUUAAAAAAUACAAACUUGUUCAAGACAGAGCGUCUCGUCCGUGAAGGCUUCCAACAGGCGGUUGAAGAACAGCUACGUCUUCAACAAUCCACGAUGUAUAUGCCCCCACAAUUCGCAACUUACGACGACUUUGCCUUAUGGUAUCAACUUGAGCCGGCCCCGGGACUUAUCGAGAACAAACGAAACUCAGUGUUUCUUGCCAGACACCAUAAAACUGGCAAACCUCUCGUGGUGAGGCAAAUCCACGAUUUUGUCCUUCGAAACCUACUACCCUACGCGAUCGCCGAACGAUGGGAGAGCGUUAGCCAUCCAAACGUCACCCAGCUCUACUCGAUUACGACAUCUUACCGCUCAAACGAGAAAUCGGUGAUGUUCGCCUACGAUUACCACCCGAACGCAUGCACACUUCAGCAGUUUUGUCAUACCCAGAAGGAGUACACAAUCAGCGAGACGGUCAUCUGGUCGUUUACAACCCAGCUCGUCUGCGGUAUCCGAGCAGUGCACAAUGCAAAACUAGCAGUAAGACUGCUCACACCUCAGAGGAUCUUAGUUACUGCCAUCGAUAAGUGCACUGUCCGGAUCAACUGUGCAGCGAUCGCUGACGUUAUCAAGGUCGCUGACUAUAAACAAGUGAGAGCCCAUCAGUAUUUAGCUGAUGAAUACGUGGAAAUUCAAGAGCUUCAGGCAAACGAUUUGGUCCAUCUCGGCGAAGUUGUGCUAUUUAUGAUCAGGCACCUCAAGGCACCAUCGGCUGAGCUCGAGAAUUUUGCCGACCGGUUGAUAUCUGGCCAGAUCGGAAACGUGAGCGACGUAAUGCCACAUCUCGGGCUGCAUGUUUUCGAUCAGUUGGAUAACGUUCAAGUGCAUAAAGAUGUUCUUGAAGGAGAGAUCUGCCGAGUGAUAGAUAACGAUCGACUCUUCCGGCUUCAAUAUACAGUCGAACAGGUGAUUCACAACAGUCUGCCCCAGCCGCUUGUCCCGCAACAAAAAAGCGGCAACGGUCCACGUUACGUGCAUCUGUGUUAUGAAGAGAACAAGCUAAUUCAGCUUUUCGGUGAAUUCUUACACAGGCAAAAGGCUAUAAAUGACACUUGCAGCGUUCUCAACCAGCUGGACGCCGGCACCAAUCAGAAGAUCGACCUGUGCGGAGGCCAGCCCAAAUACAUAGUAUCUUAUCGUGAGUUAAAAGAACUCUUUUUAAAACGUCGUGAACAAUUGUUGGGCGUCGAAUCAGAACGUACAACCUCGAGUGACAAUUGGUCCCCCAGUUUUCUCAUCCAAUCUGGAAAAUCAUUCGAUUAUCCUUUUUAUUCUCGCCAAGAUAUUAACCCUAAGACGCUCGCCGCUCCUCUGCCCAACGGGUUGGACUAUGGAUGCGUAAAAACAACCAGUUAUCAGGAUCACGCACUGAUUUACCAACAACACCAGCAAUUUUUACCUGAACAACAACAGCUGGAACUGCGGCAGCAGGAAUUACUCCAUCGUGAACAGCUGCCCUUUGAACCCUCAGGUCUGCCCCAUCCGCCCUUGUGCAAGCAGUAAAUUGCGAAAUGGGUUUCGUCGGAGCGGAAUGUCGACAGCAUCGCACUGCAAUCCAACCAGGUCGAGCGUGAAGAGAAAUGUGCGUUCGUUGUCGCUGAUUUCGCCCCACAAAAGAUGGUGGCACGUUUGUGUCAGCUCGAGUCGCUGUUGCAGCGUAGACCAAUUGUUUAUAAAAAGAAAAAAAUAAUAAUAAUAAACACAUCAUAGAACUAAGUAAGUACAAGCAAGCAAAUGACAGCUUGAGUCUAGUGCCACGCUUGUACUAACCUGUCAAUCAAAGCCAAAAACAAGGACUGUUUUUUUUUUAACUCAGGACAACAUCGAACCGUGUGGACACCUUGUUACUUUACGUUUGCAGCGAUCGUUGGCAGUGCGGCGCAGUGAUCGGGUGGGUGCGACGCGUGUCUCAUUAGUGGAUUUGGCUAACAUCUAGAUCAACUUAGUGAAUGGAACUUAUUAGUAUGAAGUCUACCGACGUAUGCGACGAGCUGCGCACUGUUAUCAUGUGUCAAUAAAG